AUGAGCAGGGUUCGAUUAAAUUGGAAUGAAUGGAAAGACACCAUUAUCGAUGUUUAUGUUACCCAGGACAAAAGUCGGAGUGAGGUGCUUGAGUUCUUGAACGCGCAUGGAUUCGAGGCUAAGGAUCGUACACUUAAGGCAUGGAUUCAGAGAUGGAAGCUCCAGAAGACGAAUAACGAGCGUGAUAUGCGCACCGCUGUCCAGCUGGCCAUCGACUAUCAGCAACAGAACCCAGACAACUGGAAUGAGGAUGAAACCAAUUUCCGGAUUCAGCACAGAACGGUAGAAUUCAAGGAUGUCCGACGAUACUUCAAGCGUAAAAACAUACACGAUCCAUUUGAAUGGUUCAAAUCAUUACCACCAGAGGACUACCAGUCGUCCGAUCAUGUUCACUUGAUUCCAAGGGGCGAAUUUGUCCUGACACCUGUAGAUCAGCGCCAGAGUCCUGAGCUGACUCCAGAAGAAGAAGAAGAAGAAGAAGAAGAAGAAGCGGAGUAUGUGGACGUCGAGGAGGAUCCUGUCAACAGUCUGCAGCUGGUGUUACCGUCACCCGCAGAAUCACCCAUCCCGCGUACACUAGCGCCACCAACACAAUUGUGGCUGAAUGAGAAGUUGAUCUGGUGUGCUGAGGUGUAUUGUGCUUCGUUCGUAGACUCAACCACCGUAUUCAGCCCACGGGAGCCUCCGGUACACAUGCACACGCUGCAUGGCAAAUUCGGCGCAAAGAUGCAAGAUGGAAUCUUCCAUGCCUCGCAGAACAAUUUUGAUUUGGCAACAAAAGAUUUCGAGAAGGCUCAUGAAUUACUAGAUUGCCUAGUUCCGGAAGCGGAUCUCAUGGCGUUCGCUCAGGUCUUCACUAUCCUAUGUGAACUGUCUGUCGCAUCGCAGCAGCUACCAAUGACCCAGCCCGAGUCUGGGGUUAACCCGUUCUUCCUGAAAGAAAUCCGCAGACUAACUCUCGACCAUCUGCUGGACGUAGCUCGAAAGUACUUAAAGGACGAACAUCCUUUGCGACAAUGUUUGGAAAUCCUGCAGGAAGUAGAGGAUAUUCAUCGAUCGUUGGUGGAGUCGAUGCAUAAAAUGGUUGAUAUUUCCCUGCAAGGACCAAAUGCUUGGACUGGCCUUUAUCUGAUGGAGCGCUACUGCGAUUGCCUAUACCACGCGGGUAUCUCUGGAGAACGCCAGACGCAGCGUGCACGACUUCUUCAGCUUCAAGAAAGUCAAUAUGGAAAGACGAGAGGUAACGUUCUGUGGACCCUUACGAACGUAGCCGACGAUUACCUCGAGAUGUUUCAGUUCAAGAGGGCCGAAGAAUGUUACUCCGAAGCCUUGCAGAGAGCUGAUUUCGGUCUCGGUGGGUACGCAAAAGCAAAAAUACGCUUUGCAGCCUUCGAAGGGCUGGCGAGAGUGGCCUUGGUAAGGAGUCAAGUACAGAGUGCAUCUGCGGCCUGGGGACAUAGUGCUUCGGGCUUUAACAUUAGUCUUCAACAAUCGUCUUCUAGAAGAUUGGACGGACUGACUGAAGCCCUCCGAAAUCUCCACCUAGCAGAAGCAGAGGCGUUGAAACGAUCUGAUUUUUCGAGCCGUCGCCUCGCAAGAGUUUGCUUGUCUCGGGAAGUGGUACAAAAAGAGAUUGAAAACUUCAUCAACUCACGGGAUGCGCAAUGA